AUGACCGACCGAAACGAAAAUUUUUUAUGCGAAACAGAGGAUGAAUCGAACGGACAACCGUAUAAAUCCGGUUGCAAUUGGAACAACAAUAACGACAUCCGUAGCAACGGUUCAACGAAUGCAAUUAGAAAAGACGCGUUAAGCGUAAUUAGGGAUCCAAAUUAUUAUCCACGAUUGAAUUCAAAUUAUCAUUUACCAAAGAGGGCACCAAUUGUCGGCUGGCAAAAUGGCAGUCCAACUGUAUUCCCAAGCACACCGUGCAGCACACCUGAUCCAGACACUCUCGACACGAUCGAUUUGUCACGUUCCCACAGUGUUGGAUCGUUUACGAGAAGCUCAGGAAUCUGUCAGGAUUCCGGGAACACCGAGGAUCUCAGCAGCUUGGCCGAUGAAAGAUUGCUUCAGUCUACACCUGCACACACCAUCGACAGAAGCGUGGAGUCCCUGUCACCUGACAAAGACACCUUUCUAACCAUGUCUCCAGAUUUUGGUAAGAGCAAAGAUUUAAGCUUGCCGGAAGAUUUCGAAGAUAAGAUCGAUCUACCGAGCCCAGGAAUCGAUUGCACGGAAGACAUACUGCCUACGUCCGUCGACCACAGUUACCUGACCUCCCCGAACCUUACCAUAGGACCCAGCCCCACCAAUAAAAGCUUAAUACCGACCUCAGACUCAACUGGGUCGCACCCGUACGAGAAAAGCGACGAAACGAGCAAUUGCAAGAAGUGCUCGGAGACUAGAGCGAUAAUCACUUCUAAUCCAGGUUACAGAGACGACGAUACACGUGACUCGAUCGAUUCAGACAGCUCUUUGGAAGAUGAAUUGACUGGCAAGGAUAGAAAAGGCAAACCUAAAAUACCAGAUGGUGGAUGGGGUUGGGUGGUCGUAUUGGCCUCGUUAGUCAUUUCCAUGAUAGCCGACGGAGUAUCCUUCAGCUUUGGACUCCUCUACAUUGAGUUCCUUCACGAAUUUGGCGCGUCCAAGUCGAAAACAGCCUGGAUAGGUUCUCUAUUCAUGGCGGUACCUCUUUUGUCCGGUCCUAUCAUGUCUGCCUUGGUAGAUCGUUACGGUUGUAGGAGUAUGACCAUCUUAGGUGGUCUGAUUUCAGGAAUAGGUUUCGUGUUGAGCUGUUUCAGCAACACCAUCGAGGUAAUGUACUUGACUUUUGGAGCCAUCGCGGGUCUCGGUUUGGGUCUGUGUUACGUUACUGCGGUCGUGAGCAUCGCGUACUGGUUCGACAAGAAGCGAACGCUAGCUGUAGGUUUGGGUGCAUGUGGCACCGGUAUCGGUACCUUUGUGUACGCGCCCAUGACCAGUUACUUCAUCGAGGAAUACGGUUGGCGUGGUACCUGUUUAUUGUUAGCCGGUAGCUUUUUCAACAUGAUCGUUUGCGGCACCGUAAUGCGCGAUCCUGAAUGGUGGAUUAUGGAACAGCAGAAGCAGAACGGUGCAACUCCAAAAAAAUCCAUCACCAAGUCCGAGUACGAUAGAUCCAGCGCGAGUCCUGUAGACGAGUUUCCUGGGGUCGACGAAUUGAGGAAGAUGCUGAAGAGCGGCCAUACGCCGGAGUAUUUAUUACAGAUCCUCAGUACCACUACGGAGGAUCCGCAGAUGGCGAAUGGAGACAUGAAGUUCAGGAGCGUGGUUAAUCUACCUACUUUUGUGAAACACAACGAGAAGGUGCCCGUGGAAGUAUUAGAGUCGCUUUCCAGUAAUCCGAGGCUGUAUAAAGUCAUUUUGGAGAAUUAUCCCAAUCUUCUAUCAUGUAGAAGUUAUUCGGUUAAUAGCAUUAUGAAUAAAUCAUAAAAAGAAAAUAAUGUUAAUACUACUCGUUUUGAAAAAAGGAUUAAGCAAGCACACGACGAGCCGAAACACGAAGAUUCGCAUACGACAAAUAAUGUUCAUUCAGGAUCUGCAUGCAACACUAUAAAGAAUCAUAUUGCUAAAAAGAUAUCUAAAAAGGAAUCGGAAGAAGCUAAUCCUCUGUUGGCUAAAGAACUAGAACACGUGGCUGAAGGACGAAAAUCGAAAUCAGUGUCCAAGCAACGUACAGGGGAUCUGAACUGUGGAGUUGUCAGAACAGACUCACUUCCAUGGUUGAGGAGACAGUUCAAUACCAAUACUCACUACUUCAAAGAUAUUAGAGUUCACAGGAACUCUGUUAUGUACCGUGGUGCUGCACUCAAUUUACACAAAUAUAGAUUAAGGGCUAGUAGUUGUCCUGAUAUUUAUAGAAACAGCAUGACUACUUUAGCCAAAGAAAACGAAGAGAAAUGGUACAGCGAAUUAGUAGACUUACUGAAGGGUAUGAUGGACUUCUCGAUGUUCCUGGAGCUACACUUUUUAUUCCUCUCACUGUCAACAAUCUUGCUAUUCACUUGGUUUAUCGUGCCUUACUUUUACCUUGCCGAGCAUCUUACCAGGAACAGUUACACCGAGUCUGAUGCCGCGAAUCUCCUCAGUAUUAUCGGCAUCACCAACACUAUUGGAAUGAUUGGUCUUGGAUGGGCGGGAGAUCAACCCUGGAUGAAUGUCAGUAAGACAUAUACUUGGUGUCUUGUUGCCUGUGGUAUGGCAACAAUAUUAAUGACAACAUUAACCCCUUAUUACAACCUGUUGAUGGUCACCUCGGCUGCGUUUGGUCUCUUUUUCGCGAGCAGCUUUAGCUUUACUCCUGUUAUACUUGUAGAAUUGAUACCUCUGGAGAGAUUCACCACUGCCUAUGGUCUUAGUCUACUGUGUCAAGGUAUAGGAAAUCUUCUUGGUCCACCGCUGGCAGGUUGGCUAUUCGAUGUAACAAAUUCGUGGGAUUUGUCUUUUUAUAUGGCUGGUGGUUGGAUUGUUGUUUCUGGACUUUUGGUAGGUCUUAUUCCUUACACGAAAAAUCGGAAAAUUUGGGGCACAGGUCCUAUCGAAAUGGAACGUGAAAGGGAUUGCUUAGCUUAA